AAGGAGGUAUAUAUACUUACUCAGGCUUCCGCAUAAUUUAAAUCGUUUCUCCAAUAUAUAGACUGGGUAGUUAGACCACCAUGGAGCAAAAGCCCCGUAAGCGGCAAAAUGCCGCUGAUAAAAGUGCAUCCAAGCAGGAAACACCCACUAAAACGACUAAGCGUGGCACCUUUAACUUUAUACGAUUUGUAAAAGACUACUCCGUUGUAAUUAUAUUGUCAAUCUGCUUACUGUUUGGCAUCCUUCUUAAGUAUUUUGAAGACAAAUACCACUAUAUGCAAAACUUCUCGGAGUUUGGUGAAGAUAUUUACGCCAUUAUGGGCGUGUCUAGGAAGGCGACGGAUGCUGAAAUCAAGGCAAAGUACCGCCACCUGAAUCAUCAAUGGCAUCCUGAUAAAAACCCAGAUUGUAUUGAUUGCAAGGACAAGUUUAUGAAGCUGAAGGCUGCAUACAAGAUAUUGAGCAACCCUGAGUUGAGGAAGUUGUACGAUGAGACUGACGGGCGUACUAUUAACAUGAUUCCUUCGUCCACAAUUGAAUUGACUCAAACGAAUUACGACGAGCUUGUGCGAAGUUCUUCAGACAUUUGGGUUGUUCAAUUGUAUUCGGAUGAUUCCCCCGAUUGCCAAUACUUUUCAAAGACAUGGGAGGAGGCUGGUAGCAAAAUGGGCCAGUUUGCCAAAUUUGGCCGUGUAAACUCUCUGCUUAAUCCCAAGGCAGCUAAGAAGCUUCCAAUAAAAGCACAGCUGCUUCCUGCUGUUAUGAUGAUAUACCCUGGGGGUGACUACGAUCUAUUUCCACAGGAUGUUUUAAAGUCCUUCAAGCAGUUUAAGAACUACUUUUUGAGUGUUUAUCCAAAUGCAGUGAUUACGUGCAAAGACUAUGCUGAUUUCAAGAAGAAAGCCGCUGUUGACAUUAAGCGCCCAUCUAUGCUAUUCCAUGCGUCACAUCUGGGAAUGGCUACGCCUAUUCCCAUUUUGCAUUUGGCCAUCAAGUAUCAAUGGGCUUUUGACACAUUUUGGAUGUCUCCUGUACAGUCGGUGUACACCAACCCUGAGUUUAUCUCUGAUUUAACUCAUUCUUCAACGAAUGAUAAUAACAUGAUCGCAGUUACUACUGUAAUUCAAAUCAAAGGUGAUUCUGACGCUGGUGCACUGUUAUACAGUGCGGAUAAAAAUGAGCUUAUAGGUGUUACUUCUUACAGCAGGAGUGAACUACCAUUGCUUUAUCGUAACAUAGAGAAUUUGAUUCUACUUACCAGCCCACCUUUGGAACUUACGCGUGAGAACUUUAAGUACCUUUGUAUGGGCAAUGAUCGGCGCAGUGAAAAGUUUUGUCUUAUCGUCUCAGGCAAUGCGUACAAAACAUUUGACGAGGCCAAGGUGCUUACUAUUCUUGGUAAAUAUGAUAUUUCUAACAACAUUGGCAGCGUUUUUGCCAUUUUUAUCGAGGACACUGAGGCCAACCCUCCUCCAACAAUGACUGCCGAGAUACAGCUUGCACGCUUACCUGAGUCAAGGACUACACAAACCAUGUCAGAUCUUUUGGGCGAUUCUGUGGUCCUUCUAGAUGUAAGCAGAGGUAAAUUUUGUGCAGUGGCAUCUCCCAACAGCAAGUACAUGUGUGGAGUGGAAGAUGACACCGAGCUGGCCUGGGUCAAUGACAUAGCUGAAGGUGCAUACGAUACACUGUCGUGGCACGACAUAACGAAGGUGUUCGGUGGCAGAUUUGAGGAUCGCUGUAUCAAGGCAAGUAAGCAAUGGUACAACAUCUUCUGAGGCAUACUACUACAGCGUUGUAUUUGGAUGUAGUAAUAGCCAUAUACACUACUAGCAACGGGCUUAGUGUACACUAGCAACUAACGAGUA